AUGCCAGCAGAAAUGACCAUGUUGGCAGAUCAAUCAGCCAGGCAGCUGCUGGACUUCAGUCAAAAACUGGACAUCAACCUGCUGGACAAUGUCGUCAACUCCAUGUACUAUGACAUAGGAUCCCAGCAACGUCUGGCCCAGGAAGUGCUGACCAACCUGAAGGACCAUCCAGACGCCUGGACGAGGGUCGACACGAUCCUGGAGUUCUCCCAGAACAUGAAGACCAAAUACUAUGCCCUGCAGAUUCUGGAAGCCGUCAUCAAAACCCGCUGGAAGAUUCUCCCCAGAAAUCAGUGUGAAGGAAUCAAGAAGUAUGUUGUUGGGCUCAUUAUCAAGACCUCUUCUGAUCCUGUGAACAUCGAGAAAGAGGGAGUGUACAUUGCAAAACUCAACAUGAUCCUAGUGCAGAUCCUGAAGCAGGAAUGGCCCAAACACUGGCCCACCUUCAUCAGUGAUAUUGUGGGGGCGAGUCGGACCAGUGAGAGCCUCUGUCAGAACAACAUGAUCAUCCUCAAACUGCUCAGCGAGGAAGUGUUUGACUUCUCCAGUGGACAGAUGACCCAGGUCAAGGCCAAGCACCUCAAAGACAGCAUGUGCAACGAGUUCUCCCAAAUAUUCCAGCUGUGCCAGUUUGUCAUGGAAAACUCCCAGAAUGCCCCCCUGGUCCAUGCCACACUGGAGACCCUCCUUCGUUUCCUGAACUGGAUUCCUCUGGGUUACAUCUUCGAGACCAAGCUCAUCAGCACUCUGGUCUACAAGUUCUUGAACGUGCCCAUGUUUCGCAACGUGACGCUCAAGUGUCUGACAGAGAUCGCUGGUGUGAGUGUCAAUCAGUACGAGGAGCAGUUUGUCAACCUGUUCACCCUCACCAUGUGCCAGCUUAAACAGAUGCUGCCGUUGAACACCAACAUCCGGCUGGCAUACGCCAACGGGAAAGAUGAUGAGCAGAACUUCAUCCAGAACCUCAGCCUGUUCCUUUGCACCUUCCUCAAAGAGCACGGCCAGCUCAUCGAGAAGAGACCCAACCUGCGGGAGACACUCAUGGAGGCCCUGCACUACAUGUUGUUGGUGUCAGAGGUGGAGGAGACGGAGAUCUUUAAGAUCUGUCUGGAGUACUGGAACCACCUGGCAGCAGAGCUGUACAGAGAGAGCCCCUUCUCCUCCGCCCCGCUGCUAGCUGACGUCCCACCACGACGACACCUCUACCUGCCUGUGCUGUCCAAGGUGCGUCUGCUAAUGGUGAGCCGCAUGGCCAAGCCAGAGGAGGUUCUGGUGGUGGAGAACGACCAGGGCGAGGUGGUCAGGGAGUUCAUGAAGGACACCGACUCCAUCAACCUGUACAAGAACAUGAGGGAGACUCUGGUGUACCUGACUCACCUGGACUAUGCCGACACGGAGCGCAUCAUGACGGAGAAGCUGCACAACCAGGUGAACGGCACCGAGUGGUCGUGGAGGAACCUGAACACGCUGUGCUGGGCCAUCGGCUCCAUCAGUGGAGCCAUGCACGAGGAGGACGAGAAGAGGUUCCUGGUCACCGUCAUCAAGGACCUCUUGGGUUUGUGUGAGCAAAAGAGAGGGAAGGACAACAAGGCCAUCAUCGCCUCCAACAUCAUGUACAUUGUGGGCCAGUAUCCUCGCUUCCUCCGAGCCCACUGGAAGUUCCUCAAGACUGUAGUCAACAAGCUGUUUGAGUUCAUGCACGAGACCCAUGAUGGCGUACAGGACAUGGCAUGCGACACCUUCAUCAAAAUUGCCCAGAAGUGCCGUCGACAUUUUGUCCAGGUCCAGGUGGGCGAGGUGAUGCCCUUCAUCGACGAGAUCCUCAGCAGCAUCAACACCAUCAUCUGUGACCUGCAGCCACAGCAGGUGCACACGUUCUACGAGGCGGUGGGCUACAUGAUCGGAGCUCAGACAGACCAGGCAGUGCAGGAGCAUCUGAUAGAGAAGUACAUGCUGCUGCCCAACCAGGUGUGGGACAGCAUCAUCCAGCAGGCCACAAAGAACGUGGACAUCCUGAAGGAUGCCGAGACGGUGCGUCAGCUGGGCAGCAUCCUGAAGACAAACGUCCGAGCCUGCAAAGCUGUCGGUCAUCCCUUCGUCGUGCAGCUGGGACGCAUCUACCUGGACAUGCUCAACGUCUACAAGUGUCUGAGUGAAAACAUCUCCUCUGCCAUUCAAACUAACGGUGAGAUGGUGACCAAGCAGCCGCUGAUCAGGAGCAUGAGGACGGUGAAAAGAGAGACUCUGAAGCUGAUCUCAGGUUGGGUCAGCCGCUCAAAUGACCCUCAGAUGGUGGGUGAGAACUUCGUGCCACCCCUGCUGGAGGCUGUGCUCAUCGACUACCAGAGGAACGUCCCUGCCGCCAGGGAGCCCGAGGUCCUCAGCACCAUGGCAACCAUUGUCAACAAGCUGGGGGCCCACAUCACCGCCGAGAUCCCCAAGAUCUUCGAUGCUGUCUUUGAGUGCACUUUGAACAUGAUCAACAAGGACUUUGAGGAAUAUCCUGAACACCGGACUCACUUCUUCUACCUCCUGCAAGCGGUCAACUCACAGUGCUUCCCGGCCUUCCUGUCCAUCCCCCCUGCCCAGUUCAAACUGGUGCUGGACUCCAUCAUCUGGGCCUUCAAACACACCAUGAGGAAUGUGGCUGACACAGGUCUGCAGAUCCUGUUCACUCUGCUGCAGAGCGUGGCUCAGGAGGAGGCAGCAGCUCAGAGCUUCUACCAGACCUACUUCUGUGACAUCCUGCAGCACAUCUUCUCCGUGGUCACUGACACUUCUCACACCGCAGGGCUGACCAUGCACGCCUCCAUCCUGGCCUACAUGUUCAACCUGGUGGAGGAGGGCAAGAUCAGCGUGGCCCUGAGCGCUCAGCCCGCCAACAACCAGGCCUACGUGCAGGAAUAUGUCGCCAACCUGCUGAAGACGGCCUUCCCCCACCUGCAGGAUGCCCAGGUGAAGGUGUUUGUAACAGGCCUGUUCAGCCUAAACCAGGAUAUUCCUGCCUUCAAGGAGCACCUAAGGGACUUCCUUGUCCAGAUUAAGGAGUUUGCGGGUGAGGACACCUCAGACCUGUUCCUGGAGGAGCGGGAGGCAGCCCUGCGCCAAGCCCAGGAGGAGAAACACAAGAUCCAGAUGUCAGUGCCUGGGAUCCUGAACCCCCACGAGCUGCCGGAGGAGAUGUGCGACUGAGCCGCCCGGCAGCUCCGAGAGGGAGAGGUCAGCAGGGGGCCGGGACCGCCGCCUGGCAACAGCUAGUGUUUUUCAACUGUGUGUGUCUGAGAGUGUGUGUGUGUGUGUGUGUGUGUGUGUGUGUGGUAGAAAAGAGAAUGAGGGGUCGGACCCCAGCACUCGGUUGUACGUCGACCAAAUCAAUGUCAAUAUGUAAAUGAGAAUUGCCCCCCUCCCUUCCCUGCCCUGGCACAGAUUUGCUUUUUUUUCUGCAUAUGAACAUUUUAUACAGAUACAUUUGUGUAAUAGGCUAUCUUUUGUUGUUUUAAUUCUUUGCUAAUUGAAGCUUUAUUUUUGGCCACACAGUUUUGUUUGAAACAAGCAUGAAGUUGAAACGAUUACACCCUCACCCCGGAUCCAUCUCCACUUCUAUUUGUUAAUAUGUAAUAUAAAUGUUGAAACACAAUGCGAUGGUUAGUUUACAGAUCACUCUCGUUUCAGAAUUUGACGGUCAUGGGGAAGAGAUUUACUUCCUUUGUCUUUGUUUUUGUUUGUCAGCAGAUGUUUUUUUUUUGUUUUGUUUUUUGGCUCUUUAGGCGAGUCAGAGCUUCAGAUGGCACCCAGUCUGACCGCUGCAGCUGUGUGCAUAUCAUCCUGUUUGUAAAGCUGUCUUAGUACUAUGAGAAUAUAAAGUUGGCUAUUUUUACAAAAU